GAUUCGACCAACAGACUGGGCGCGUGUCGAGUGACGUCGGCUUCACCGUUUGCUCCCGCACGUGCACAGGGCAACCGGGGCCAGGAGCACUUCACCUACUCACCCUCCUUCCAUAAAGGUUCGUCACCCGGACCGUCUCUACUUCCCCACAACAACACACUCGUUUCUCCUCACAAACACCUCUCUUGGCUCUUCUAGCUUUCUGGCUUUCUGACUCUCUCCUACCGAACGCUCGCUGAGACAGCUCCUACCAGCCUGACUACUCAUUCUUUUCAUCAAUUCGACAACCACGCCCACCAAGAUGCGUGCCUCGCUCCUCUCCCUCGUCGCUGCGGCUGCGGCUGCCAGCGCCCAGUCCACCGACGCACCUGUCGUUCAAGGCAACCCAGUUGGAGCCCAGUACCUCGCCACCCUUCCGAUCAAGGCCGGUAGCAGCCUCGGCGGCAGCGUCCAGGCCGAGUCUGCACCUGAUGGCAAGGGCGUGCUGUUCUCCAUUUCGCUUAGUGGACUUCCGACCGAGGGCGGCCCAUUCUUGUACCACAUCCACGAGAAGCCCGUCCCCACUGAUGGCAACUGCACCGGCACCGGCGCUCACCUCGACCCCUACAAGCGCGGCGAGACACCGCCUUGCGAUGCAACCAAACCGGAGUCCUGCCAGACCGGGGAUUUGAGCGGCAAGCAUGGCACCAUCCCCGGCCAGAGCUUUACGGCAAAGUACACUGAUCUCUAUGUCGCCACCUCCAUGUCGGACCCUUCAUACUUCGGUAACCUCUCCGUUGUUGUCCAUCUCGCCAACAAGACUCGCAUCUCCUGCGCAAACUUCAGCAUGAACUCCGUCGGCGCCGUGUCCUCAUCCAUGCCAGUCCCUGUCGGUCCGUCGUCCGGCCACGCCAUGCCAACUGGCACUGGAGGCUACAACAGCACCAUGACCAUGACCAUGACGUCCACCGCCACGGGAACCGGCUCCGGCCAUAGCAGCGCGGGCGAGUCCACUGGAUCGCCGAUUAUGCCCACUGCACCUGCCGAGACUAGCGCGCCAGCCAACUCAGCCGGGAAGGCGGCCGCCGGUGCCGGUGCCGUGAUCGCUGCUGCUGCGGCUGCUCUGAUGCUCUAGGCGACUCUCGUCUAGGCUUGGACUGUAUAGGGUGGAGGCGGAUUUGCUCGUGGGUAUUUAAUGCAUAACGGAGUUUUCACGGUUCGGUAUCAUCUCGUAGCUCAACUACGUUGUAUAUGGACUACUCUUCAUGAUCCGCGAUAAUUUAAUGUGGGGAAGAAAGGAUAAUGAGGCUUUAUUACGGUAGAUACCACCAAUUCCGAUGAUAGUUGCAAUU